AUGUGGAUUAUAUUGCUCGGAUUUGCCGUUGCAAUCAGUGUGAUUCAGUAUCUAAGUUACAGAAGAAAGUAUGAAGUCGCAGCGACCGUGCCAUGCGCUAAGCCAAGUUAUCCUUUGAUUGGUAGCGCUUAUCUUUUCGUGGGCAAAAGUAGUGAGAAAAUGUUUUGGAACAUGCGAAAUUUGUUCAACACAAAGGAACCACUUUUCCGAUUCUGGUUGGGCUCUAAGAUGAUCUUCGGAACGAGUGAUCCCGAUGUAACGCAGCAAAUUAUGUCCGAUCCGGUGUGGUUGGACAAACCUUUUCUGUACGAAUUUUUCGACAUGAGCUAUGGCCUGUUUGGAGCGAAACAUCAGCUGUGGAAGAGUCAACGGAAGGCGUUGAAUCCGUCGUUCAAUACAAAAAUACUGCAUGGUUUCAUUCCAAUAUUUUCCGAUGGAUCUAAAAAAUUAGUGAAUCGAUUGUUAACAUUUCCCGACGGAUCUACGGUUGACAUGAUGCAGUAUGUUGGCAGAUAUACAAUGGAGAUGGUGCUUGGGACAACUCUAGGAUUGGAUAUCAAUGCAAUCGAUGAUGCAGAUUCAAUAGUGCACGAAGUUGAACGCUAUAUUUCUUUAUCCUCUAAGCGACUGUUGAAUAUCUACCACUAUGCAGAUAUUAUUUAUCGCCGGACUACCAUUUAUCGCGAAAAACAAUAUUUACGAGACCGUUUGGAUCAAGUUAUUUCUAAGAUAGUCAACGAGGUAGCUGUCCGAUACGCCGAACCACAACGACAACUCAUCCAGCCCGAAAACGACGUCAAAAGACCGCAGAUAUUCGUGGAUGAAAUUUUUACCAACAAGUUGAAGCAUUUUUCCGACGAGGAAAUAAUCGAUAACGUUUACACUAUCAUAGGUGCCGGAACGGACACCUCGGCACUUACGGUUUGCUAUGCGUGUCUGUUGUUGGCGUUUCAUCCAGAAUGGCAGCAACGACUACACGACGAGAUAAUGCAGAGCCAUCCCGAAGAAGAGCCGGACUUUUCACCGGAUUCAAUGAAACAGUUGGAAUGCUUGGAGAUGUUUCUGAAGGAAACUCUCCGACUGUAUCCGGUUGCAGGAAUGGUGGCCAGGCAAAGCCUCGAAGGAACGCUCGUUGGAGGUCAUAAGAUUCCCGCUGGCAGUAUACUGGCGGUGCAUAUCUAUAAUCUACACCACAACGCCGAUCUAUGGGGACCGGACGUGGAGAGUUUUGAUCCAGAACGCUUUUCUGCUGCACGUUCGAAGGAUAGACAUCCGUUCGCUUUUCUUGCCUUCAGUGGUGGUUCGAGAAAUUGUAUUGGUAAACCAAAAAGGAAAAAAAGCGUGCUCGAUAUGCCAUGA